GGACAUGGCGCCGCCCAGGCUGGCCUUGCUCGGGCUCUGCUGGGCUAGCUGCCUCCUACUGCCCCUUGCUCUGGGCUGUGGGCCGGGCAGGGGGCCGGUGGGGCAGAAGCCCUACAACCGCAAGCCUCUCACGGCGCUGCAGUACAAGCAGUCGGUGCCCGACGUUGCCGAGCAGACGCUGGGGGCCAGCGGGAAAGCCGAGGGCAAGAUCAGCCGCGACUCGGAGCGUUUCAAGGACUUGGUGCCCAAUUAUAACCCCGACAUCAUCUUUAAGGAUGAAGAGAACACGGGGGCCGACCGGCUGAUGACCGAGCGCUGCAAGGACCGAGUCAACACCUUGGCCAUUGCAGUGAUGAACAAGUGGCCGGGUGUCAGGCUGCGAGUGACUGAGGGCUGGGAUGAAGAUGGACAUCACCCGCCCUACUCCCUGCACUAUGAAGGCAGGGCCCUGGACAUCACGACGUCUGACCGCGACAGGAAGAAAUAUGGAGUGCUGGCCAGCUUGGCGGUAGAGGCAGGCUUUGACUGGGUGUAUUAUGAGUCCAAAGCGCACAUUCAUGUAUCAGUGAAAGCAGAUAACUCCGUGGCUAUUCAUGCCGGUGGCUGUUUUCCUGGUGAUGCUGCAGUGACCUUAUGGAGCGGGGAAAAGAAAAACCUUUCCGAACUCCACUGUGGGGACUUUGUGCUUGCUGUAGACCAGAGUGGGCGAGUGACGCCUAGUGAGGUUUUGCUAUUCCUCGAUCGGGACCAGUACCGGAGGACCACCUUUGUGACCAUUGAGACAGACAGUCCCGUCCGCCAGCUUCUGCUCACGCCCUCCCAUCUCAUCUUUGCUGCGCAGAACCCAGCCAACAGCACAGCUGACUUCUCCCCUGUAUUUGCCAGCCAAGUGCGUGUGGGGGACUCAGUGCUAGCACACCACACAGCUGGGCCUUUGUUGCGUCCUACCCGGGUGGUCCGUGUUUGGCAGCAAGAGGCUGUUGGAGUCUAUGCCCCGUUGACUUCGCAUGGCACCCUUUUGGUGAAUGGGGUGCUGGCCUCCUGCUACGCCAUGCUUGAGAGCCACCACUGGGCCCACCGAGCCUUUGCCCCACUGCGGCUGGUCCACGGCCUCUUCUCACUGCUGCCUCUUAAGGGUGAAGCUAGGAACUGCAGUGCACAGGAGACGGGCAUGCAUUGGUAUUCACAGUUUCUAUACCAGUUGGCGUGGGGCAUCCUGGGAUGGGACAACCUUCACUCUUAAAGAAUAGAGUUUAAAUCUAUAUGGCAAAGGAGUAUGACUUGUCGAGCCACUGGAUAAAGGCAGGGAGUCAGACACCAGCUUGGUACCAGUUUGGUUGGGUAAUUGAAUGGUGACGGCUUUGGUUUGGGAAUGCGCAUCCCUCCUUUAAGAACAGCAUCAUUGCAGCUGGGAGAAAGCACAGAUUGAGGCAGGGGGAAGAAUGGGUCAGCAGGGCAGUUGGGCAUAACUUGGUCUCCUGAUGUGGCUACUCCCACCUGUAGGCUACAUACAAAGCACACUCUGCUCUCUCUGGGCAUCCUGACAGAGUGACUCAGAGUUAUAUUAGAGAGGGAACCGGGUGGUUUACAAACUCACCCUGCUUUUCAGAGGAUAGGCUGGAUUUUUCCCCAUUUCUCCUUUUUUGUCCAGAUCUCUGUUUGAAUGGAUGUUAAGCGGAGUAGCUGCCUGAGCAGGAAGGGAUAUGGAAGGAGGGCUAAGGACAGAAGGUGACAUGAGAUCAACUAGGUUCAAGCAGAAAAGGAGACUGGGAUUUAGUCCUGGGCUCAUUCUUCAGCAUUUUAAUGAACACUGCAUGAAAAAUAAUGGGAGGCUGCUCAUGCCAGAGACACAAUGUGGCACUGGGCAUAUCCACCGCCCAGAAAAGGGUGAAUGUCUCAUGUGGGACUAGGCAAUGAACCUGGGACCCUGUUCAGAAGAAAGGUGCUUUCAAGACAGUGUGCACAGGAUCACUUUAACUCUGCAUCCCUUUACUCACCUGGGUCAUAACACUGGAAUUCAAUAGGGAGGGAAGGAGGGGUGCAAGAGGGGAGAACUCCCAGGAAGGUGCUGAAGUAGAGACUGUGUAAAGAAUGAAUGGUCUUGCAAACGGAAUUCGCCACACCACCAUUCUCUUCCCAGCUCCGCCGUCGUGACCUUCACCAAGUCCUGCCUGUGCUUCUGUAUCUCUGUUGAAGGUCAGAGGUGGCGAGUUUCUAACCCUUCCUUUCCCUAGCCAGACUCCUUUGAAGCUCACAGUAAUGAGAUUAACUCUUAGCUACUGAUCCAGAGUUUUAUUUUUAUAUUUAUAAGUCAUAAUUUAAUUGUGGGCUUGUUUCCA